AGUUAAAUUGAGUGAAUGGAAAUGGCUGGCGAAGGAAAUUGAAGGAAAUCCUUGGACUGCUGCGCUUUUCAUUGUAAUUUUUGUGUAAAUAAAAUUUUGAUUACCCGUUUCGUAAUAAGUACUUAAAUGUUAUCAGUGCACUAUUUUGGUUACUAUCAUGUCAAAUAGUUCGAUUGAGGGGAAAAUUAAGGGUUUACAGGAACGUUUCGAUAAUGAAAUGCGUAUUCGGAGAGAAGGUGGCUUCUCCAGCCAAGGUGGAAUCGGAGUUUCCAGACCCGGGAAUGGUCGGAGAACUAAGCCUACUCCAGGUUUAUUUUCAAAUACCGGCAGAGAUAUACCAGCGUUUCCACCGAGGUCACCACAGGCUACUGAGACUGAGUACAGAAUGAGGGAGGUGUAUAAGGUGAGCGGCAAGCUGAACGUGGACGGCACGGAGUACAGUUCGAGCAUCGACGACCUCCAGCACCUGGGGGAGCUGGGCAGCGGCACCUGCGGCCACGUCGUCAAAAUGCUGCACAAACCUUCGGCUGCUGUUAUAGCUGUCAAACAAAUGCGUCGCUCCGGUAAUUCCGAAGAGACGAAACGCAUCCUAAUGGAUCUGGACGUGGUGGUGCGGUCGCAUGACUGUCCGUAUAUAGUGCGGUGCCUCGGCUGCUUCGUGACGGACGCGGACGUGUGGAUCUGCAUGGAGCUGAUGGCGUCGUGCUUCGACAAGCUGCUGAAGAGGCUCGCGGCGCCGAUACCUGAGGCCAUACUCGGCAAGGUCACCGUGGCGACGGUGAACGCGCUGUCGUACCUGAAGGACAUGCACGGCGUGAUCCACCGCGACGUGAAGCCGAGCAACAUCCUGCUGGACGAGCGCGGCAACGUCAAGCUGUGCGACUUCGGCAUCAGCGGCCGCCUCGUCGACUCCAAGGCCAAGACGAGGAGCGCCGGCUGCGCGGCGUACAUGGCGCCGGAGCGCAUCGACCCGCCAGACCCGACGCGGCCCGACUACGACAUCCGCGCGGACGUGUGGUCGCUGGGCAUCUCUCUGGUGGAGCUCGCCACCGGCGUCUUCCCCUACAGGGACUGCCAGAACGACUUCGAGGUGCUCACCAGGGUAAUAGCAGACGAUCCUCCUCAGUUACCAGACAGCACUGACUUCACUCCAGAGUUUAAGUCAUUCGUUUCACAGUGCCUCACGAAGAACUACAGACAGCGCCCUAAAUACGCGAAGCUUCUGGAACACCCGUUCGUGGUGAAGUCUGCGCGCAGCUCGGUGUCGGUGGGCGCGUGGUACGCGUCGCUGCCGCUGGCGGGCGCGGCGCUCGGCAGCAAGCCGCCGCCCAGCAACGGCGCCGACACGCCGCCCACGCCGCAGCCGGUGCGCAACUUCGUCACCAGCUCGCAGCACUGGCUACCGGAGCAGGUCACGCCGACGCCCACCAGGGCGUGGUGGGCGACGGCGAGCGGCGCCAACGCGGGCGGCAGCAGCUCGCAGCCCGCCAGCCUCGAGACUGACUUCUCCAACCACUCGCCCUACCCGAGGCGCAGGACGAUAGACGCGUGCGCAUCUCCCCCGCCCCCGCCGGUGCGGCGCGUGUCCGCCGACAACAGGUGGAAAGCAUCGCCCGUGAGUUCCGGUAACACGAGUCCCAUAGUGUUGCAGAGGUUUUACCAUCAAAACCAGCAGAGGAGAUCACGCGUCGACUUACACUCCACACCUAGGCAUAGAAGUUUAAGUAGAGAACACAGUACGGGACGGUCGCCUGAACCUCCACCAAGAACAAGCAGGCAGCAUCAAAUGUUAGGACAUGAGGCGAACGGCAGCGCGGAACCGGACGCGCCGUCGCUUCACGAGCGACUCCACCCGCAUCCGCCCUCGCCGCUGUUACUGCACGACAGGUUAUCGGAGGGCCGUAGCAAAAGCCUGACUCGAGCCGAGCUCCGCAACGGCUUCCGAAGUGAACACAGCGCCACGCCGCAACCGCACCCGGCGACCAACCACCACCACGACGACCAGGGCUGGCUGCACUCGCUCGCGGGGCUGGUGAAGCGCCGGCUCAGCGGGUACGUCAAGUGGCAUCACGUUGCAGCGCGCCGCGACACACACCACCAUGCGCACCACUUGCAACACAGGUGGGGUAACAGUGAAAGCUGGAGCAUGCCGGCGUCUCCGCUGCCCCCCCGCGCGCCCCCGCCGCGGCCCGCCGACUAGCGGCCGCGAGCCGUGCGCGUGCCGCGCCGCCGCGCUGGCGCCGCCCGAGCCGCGCUCCAUCCAGCUCUGACGCGUCACGCGUGUCGCACUCGUCACCGGCCGCCUGUCGCCUUGUCGCUUGUCGCCUGUCGCUUGUCGCCACGCGUCACGCGCCCGCCAUCAACACAUUGACGCUUAAUGAGAUUCGUUUCAUAAUGUUUAUUGUAACUAUAAGGAUACGACGUCAAAUAUAGUCUGCAAUAAUCGUGAUUUAUUGUAAUAUUGAAGUCAGAUUCGAAAUUAUGUUAGUUGAUGGUUUUAUUUUAUGUUUAAUGCUAGGAUACCAAUUAAAGCAUAUUGUUUAAAGAA